GUCUUUGCACUAAUUCCACACAGCUUAAGUUCUGCGUGCUUGUUGCUCACGAUAAAAAAACAAAACCCUUGUGUUGUGUUCUCUGGGUGAAACAUCCCUUCCCAUCAAAAGCAAUGGCAUUCAAUUCAAGCAUGGCUCCCUCUCCCAAGGUCCCAUUGUUGAUACUCAUCAUCGCUCUCUCAUGGGUGAUGCUAAUGGCCACCUCCGAAUCGAACGAUGAAAGAGUGAGCGAGCUAUUAUCCCUCCAAUCCAGAUCCAAAUCAGGUGUAAUCCGUCUCAACGACCAAUCCCUCUCUCGCUUUCUCACAUCCGUCAAAACCCCAAGACCUUAUUCAAUUCUCCUCUUCUUCGACGCCGUUCAGCUCCACGACAAAGCGGAGCUCCGCCUCACCGACCUCCGCAACGAAUUCUCCAUCGUCUCUUCCUCCUUCAUCGCCAACAACAUCGACAACCCUUCUCACACCAAGUUGUUCUUCUGCGACAUCGAAUUCAAAGAAUCUCAGCUCUCCUUCUCUCAAUUCAGCGUCAACGCUCUCCCCCACAUUCGCCUCGUGGGUCCCAACCAUGGCUUCAAGGAUUCAGAACCCAUGGACCAGAGUGAUUUCUCCAGGCUCGCCGAAUCCAUGGCUGAUUUCGUCGAAGCCAAGACCAAACUCUCCGUGGGACCCAUCCAUCGACCACCCGUUCUCUCCAGGAACCACUUGAUCAUCAUCGGGUUAGCCAUCUUGAUUUGGUUACCCUUUUUCAUCAAGAAGGUCUUAUCGGGUCAAACCCUGCUCCAUGACCCGAGGGUUUGGUUGGCGGGUUCUGUCUUUGUAUACUUCUUCAGCGUUUCCGGUGCCAUGCACAACAUCAUUAGGAAGAUGCCCAUGUUUCUCGUCGAUCGCAAUGAUCCUUCCAAGCUCGUGUUUUUCUACCAGGGUUCGGGGAUGCAGCUUGGUGCUGAGGGUUUUACUGUGGGGUUCUUGUAUACAGUUGUGGGUUUGCUCUUGGCGUUUAUGACUCACGGUCUCGUGAAGGUGAGCAAUGUGACCGUGCAGAGGGUGAUCAUGAUUUUUGCUCUGUUGGUUUCCUUCUUGGCUGUGAAGCAGGUUGUCCACUUGGAUAAUUGGAAGACCGGUUAUGGGAUUCAUGGCUUUUGGCCCUCUAGCUGGAAUUGAGGUUUGGCACGAUACAAUUUCCUUUAUUUCCUCUUCAAGUUGAUAAUUAUGGAUCAGGAAAGAUGUCUUAUGUUAGAACUUUGCAAGAAUUAAUGUGCAACUUGUUACUGCCCUUUUGUAGCACAACUUUGAGCUUGAAUUUGAGUAUUAGAAAAAUUUUAUAAUCUGGGGAUGACAUUUUGUUUGGACUUGUUAUAUAUUUAGUGGCAAUUGCAUAAUGUUGCAUUGCAUCUUUCUAAACUUAUGCUGCUAAAUUGAUUGUUCUAUCCGUCUUAAGUUGUGCCUUUACUUUCUUAAAACUGAAUAUGUAGACUUAUACUGUUGUGCAAGUGCGUGACAGAUGU